UUUUAUAUUACAAUUAUUUUUCAUUCCAAGCAUUGUAUCAAUAAUACAUAAAUCUCUCAUUUCUUCGGGUUUCCAUCAAUUCUUUUACAACAACUUGGAGGAAACGUUUCUUGUUUAAUGUUUCUCCAAAUUAGAGGAGUUGAAAGUGAAGUAAAAGCUUCUUCCUUUCCCCAAAUUUUGAUUCUAUAAUUCAGAAGAAAAAGAAAUGGCGGCGCCACCAGCUUCACCGCAGCAAGCGGCAACAAAGAUCACCGAUUUGGACGAAGACUCAUUGGCUCACUGCGCCGCCUACCUUAGCCUUCAGGACCUCUCAAACCUCGCCAUAACCUCCAAAUUCCUGAAAAAAGUCGCUUACUCCGACUCUAUCUGGCUCCACCGCUUCAGGGAGCGUUGGCCGCUGGAAAUGCUAUCCAGCUCUUCAUUAGGUGUGAGGAAGGCCUAUUUGGAUUGUCGUACCGCAUUGCAUCAGCUUAAAUUUGCUGAUCCUUUUGUUCUGGACUUGUAUACCGAAGCAAGCCAUUUCGACCAUAUACUUCUCGAUAAGAACGAUAUAAUCUUUUCUCAAGGUUCUGUGAUAAAAAGGAUGAAAACCGACAGCUUUUUGAGUGGAGGCACGCUUGUCAGAAUGAGUGAUCAUAAUGCAAGAAUUACAUGCAUGAGAUUGUUUCCACUUCGUGAAACUUCUUUAGUUCGAAGUGAGACACAAAGAGAAGAAAAUGUUUUGGUAACCUCAAGUUACGACCACUCGAUUCGUCUAUGGUGGAAGGGUGCUUGCCAACGAUGUUUUAGAGGUCAUAAUGGUGCAGUUUCCACAUUGUCAGAUAAAUUAUUAGGUGAUGGUGGUGCCAAAGUAAUGGCAAGUGGUGGGGAAGAUGGUACUGUUCGCCUCUGGUCCCUUAGCUCUAGUGGAAAACGUGGCCAACAAGCUUUAAAGGCUACACUUUAUGGGCAUCAGAAACCUGUUACAUCAAUGUCAGUUGCAGGGCACAGAACAUCCCUUUUGGUGACCAUGUCAAAGGACUCUAAGGUGAGAGUUUGGGAUACAACUACGUCAUCAGCUAUUCGUUCUUCAUGUUGUGUAGGAAUGACUUCUGUUGCUGGUGCACCAGUGGACAUGAAAUGCCAUGAAGCCUUGCUCUAUGUUGCUGCUGGUUCUUCUGUUGUGAUAGUUGAUUUGAGGACAUUGCAAAGGGUCCACACUGUAGCAAUAUAUCAACCAAGAUUAUACUCCUUUGCAAUUAUGCCCUCAAAAUCCUUAAUCUGCACUGGGGGAUUUGGCAAAGCAAUGCUUUGGGAUAUAAGGAGAGGCCAGGAGUCGUCAAAACCAGAAGCAGUUGCCGAGUUGGAUGGUCAUAUCGGUUCAGUGACACUAUUACACAUGGAUCCAUAUAAAAUAGUUACAGGAGGGCUGGGGGAUAGCUUUGUUAAUGCUUGGGAAACUGAAACAGGUACGAAAGCAAAUUCUUUGCUUUGUAAUCACCCAGAGCUUGGGAGUGCCAAUAUCAGGUGUUCAGCCAUGGCUGUAAAUGCAUGUAGCAUUGUUACUGCCAGUUAUGGUGAAAGUCAGGGACUUGUUCGUUUUCAGGAUUUCUCCACUGCAACUCGUCCUAUUGUAGAAUAUGAUAAUGAUCAGAAUGUUUCAAAAUUUUGGGGUACACAAUCAUAUAAUGAUUCUGACGGAUGUGAUGAAUGAUGGGCUUGUAUCUCUUAUUCCAGCAUGAUUUAUAUAUAUAUAUAUAUAAAUUUAGCUGCUAUCAAAUCCUUUGGUAUAAUCAGAUUAUAGGGGAGUUUGAUUUUCUUAUUUUC